AUGCAACUUAAGUAUUCCUGUAAUAUUAUGCCAGCAUUAGAUGGCAUGCAAAAAGUGAGUGGAUUAGCAUGGUCUUACAAUGGCUAAAAACUGGGAGUUUGCACAGCUGAUAGAAAAAUAUUAUUAUUUAAUGAUUAAUUGGGUAAGGAGGACAAUUUCCCAACGAAGCCAUCAGAUAAGACUCAAUAGAAAUCUUAUGUGGUGAGAGCAAUUGAAUUUUCUCCAGAUUCAACUAAGAUAGCUGUUGCUCAAUCCGAUAAUAUAGUGUAUGUAUAUAAGAUUGGUGCAAAAUUUAAAGAGAAAAAGACAAUCUGCAAUAAAUUCCCAGCCUCUUCCUCAAUUACAACAUUGAUAUGGCCAGCAUAAAGAGAAAAUGAUAUCAUAUUUGGAUUAGCAGAAGGAAAGGUGAAGAUUGGAUUUUUGAAAAAUAAUAAAUCUCAAAUAGCAUUCACAACAGAAUCCUAUGUAGUAAGUAUGGCAACAAAUAGGGAUGGAGAUGUGGUUGUAUCAGGCCAUCUUGAUGGAUCAGUAUACAGUUACAACUUAGACACUCAACAAUCAUAAAAGUUAGUAGUACAUCAUUCAAUACCUUAUGCUUUGGCUUAUGGAUAACAUGUUGCAGCAGCUGGUAAUGAUCAAAAAGUGUCAUUCUAUGAUAAUUAUGGAAAUCUAGUUCAGAGAUUUGAUUACACUUAGGAUGAAAGAUGUAAAGAUUUCUCAGUCGGUGCUUGCAGUCCUAAUGGGGAUAUCAUAGUAUUGGGUAAUUUUAAUAGAUUUUAUCUUUACACAUACAAUCAAAAGAGAUCUCAAUGGGAAGAAAUAGGAGUAAAACAUAUUGAGAAUUAUUACACAAUCACAGCAUUGUGUUGGAAGAAUGACUCAUCAAAAUUGAUUACUGGAUCGCUAUGUGGAUCAGUUGAUGCAUGGGAUAUUUCUAUGAAAAAGAUUAGAUUUAAGGGAAAAUACGAUUUGAAUUAUAUUGGUCCAUCUUAAAUUGUCAUUUAAGUGUUAUCGACUAAUUAAUAAGCAGUCAUUAGAUCAUCAUAGGCUGAAAUAUCAAAGAUUGAUAUAAAAAAAGAGAGAUUUGUAGUUGCUAAAACACAUGAGACUUUAAUUGUAGGUGAUUUGGCUACAGGAAAGACAUCAGAAGUCAGUUGGAGAGGAAGUGGAAAUGAAAAGUUUGAUUUCACAAAUGAAAAUAUUUGUAUGGUAUUCAAUGCAGGAGAGUUGACUUUGAUUGAAUAUGGAAGUGAUCGUAUUUUGGGUACUUGCAGAACUGAACAUAUGAAGAAUUCACUUAUCAGUGCUAAGGUUAGUUAUACUGGGUAGAACAAGACUAAAGUGAUUGCCUUUUUAUUGGAUCUACAAACAUUAUAGAUAUAAGAUUUAACCACUAAGAGUAUUAUUGCUACAAUUGCACAUGAUACUAAGAUUGAUUUCUUAGAAUUGAAUUCUCAUGCCAACAGGUUAAUAUUUAGAGAUAAGAGAAGAUAAUUGUAUUUAUAUUCAAUUAAAAAUGCAUUUAAACACACUCUUCUAUCAUUUUGCAAUUAUGCUUAAUGGGUUCCUGAAAGUGAAGUUAUUGUUGCUUAAAAUAGAAAUAAUUUGUGUGUUUGGUAUUCAAUUGAAAAUCCUGACAAAGUUACACUUUAUACAAUUAAAGGUGAUGUUGAAGAAAUUGAAAGAAUUCCUAGUACACCUACUUAAGCUGGUUCUACUUCUGUUAUUGUGAGUGAAGGCUAAAAUAAAGUUGCUUAUAAAUUGGAUUAAGCCUUAAUUGAAUUUGGAUUUGCAAUUGAAGGAAGAGAUCUUGAAAAGGCAGCUUCAAUAUUAGAUAAAUUAGAAUUGACUUCUGAUACUGAAGCCAAUUGGAAAGUGUUAGCAUAAUUAUCUUUGGAAGAGUAAAAUUUAUCAGUAUCUGAACACUGUUAUGCUGCUUUGGGAGAUGUUGCUAGAGCAUCCUAUUUGAGAGGCAUCAAUAGACUCAUUUCUAAAUAUUAUGAAGAGACUGGUAAGAAGGAUGGAAUAUCAUAUUACAAAGUCUAGUCUAAAUUGGCUAUCUUAGAUAAAUAAUUUACUAAGGCUGAAGAAUUGUUACUUAAUCACAAUGAAGUAAAUGAGGCUAUGGGAAUGUAUUAAGACUUACAUAAAUGGGAUGAAGCUAUUAAAAUUGCUGAAAAGAGAGGUCAUGAAUAAGUUAAAGUUCUCAAAGAGAAUUAUUAUCAAUGGUUAAUUGAAACUGGAUAAGAAUCCAAGGCUGCUGAAUUAAAGGAAAAUGAAGGCGAUUUUAUUAAUGCUAUUAAUCUUUAUUUGUAAGGUGGAUUACCAGCUAAAGCUGCCAAUAUUGUAUUUAAUUGCAAUAUGUCCUUUCCAUAAGACUUAUUAGAAAAGAUUGCCUCAUCUUUAGCCUAAAGUGGUAUGUAUGAGAAAGGUGGUGAAUUCUAUGAAUAGAUGGAAGACGAUCAAUAAGCCUUGAAUUGUUACAUUAAAGGUAACGUAUUCAAAAAGGCAGUCGAAUUGGCUAAAAGAAAAGAUCCUAAAUUGGUCAAAUAAUUAGAGGAAAGUUGGGCUAAUUAUCUAGUUGAAAACAAAGAAACAGAAAGUGCCAUUAAUCAUUAUGUUGAGGCAGGCAAAUUUUAGAAGGCUAUUGAAGCAGCAGUCUACAGUAGGUCUUGGACUAAAGCCAUUUAAUUAUUAUAAAAUUAAUCAGCUGAGGUAUCAAGACCCUAUUACAGACAAGUGGCUAAACAUUACGAGGAUGUUAGAUAAUAUGAUUUUGCUGAAAAAUACUAUAUUAAGGCUAAUUCUCCUAUUGAGGCCUUUGAGAUGUAUGUAAAGGCUAGCAAAUGGGAUAAAGCUCUUUCAAUAGCUAGAGAAUACUUACCUGAAGAAAUUGUAUAGUUAUAUUUGAACCAAGGUAAAAAGUUUGAAUAAGCUGGUAAAUACAAAGAGGCUGAAAAACUAUAUUUAACAGUUUAAGAGUAUGAUACUGCUAUUUUAAUGUAUCAAAAUCUCUCUCAGUAUGAAAGUGUGAUAAGAAUUGCCAGUAAAUUCACUCCUUAAAAAUUAAAGGAUAUUCAUUUGGGAAUUGCAAAGAAAUUAGAAAGAGAAAACAAUUACUUAAAAGAGCUGAACAACACUACAAUUGAAGCUGGCUCAUGGCAUUUAGCUAUGUAGAUGUACAAGACUCAUAAUCAAUGGGAAGAAGCAAUAAGAUGUUGUAAAAUGUAUGGAUCUGAGAAAGAGACAUGUUAAUAGGCUAAAUUAUGGGCAGAAUCUCUAGGUCCAGAUGCUGGAUUGAAGAUGCUUUAAAGAUUGAAUCUAGUUGAUGCUUUGAUUGAAUAUUAAUCAGACAGACACGAAUUUGAAGAAGCAUUCAAAUUGGCUAAUUUACAUGCUAAACAUAAAUUAUAAGAUGUUCAUUUCAAAUAUGCUUGUCAUUUGGAAGAUGAAAGAAGAUACAAAGAAGCUGAAGAAAACUUCAUUAAGGCAGGCAAGGCAUCAGAAGCCAUCAACAUGUACGAACAUCUUGGAGAUUAUACCAGUGCUUUAUAAGUAGCUAGACAAUAUGAACCAUAAUCAGUUACAUAAAUCUUAAUUAGUUAAGCCAAGUUCUACAUCGAGAAGAAAGACCUUCAAAAAGCAGAACAAGCAUUUAUUUAAGGUAAAAGACCUGAAUUAGCAAUUAAAAUGUAUGUUGAAUCAAGUCAUGCUCCACAUAUGGUUGCAGAAUUAAAUAACAAAUAUGGCAAUGUAGCCAAUACUUAUAACAUGACAGGAGAGGAUUUAUAUUAAAGUGCUUAGACUUGGGAAGAACAAAGAGAUUACUUAAAGGCUAUAGAGAUCUAUUUAGAAGUCACCCCUUAAAAUACUUAAAGUGAAGAUGUGAUGACAAGAGCAUGGGAGAGAGCUAUUCAAAUAGCUGCCAAUUAUGAUAAAGAUAAAUAUCCAAGAAUUGUAUAGAUAGUUUGCAAGAGAUUAAUUGAAAUUAAGAAAUUAGAGACAGCAGCAUAUCUAUAUGAAUAAGUUGGAUAAUAUUAAGAAGCAGUUACUACUUAUGUUUAAGGUAGAGAAUUUGAAAAAGCAAAGUAAGUUGCACAACUGAUUAAUAAUAAAGAAUUAAAUACUAAGUUGAUGGAUUAUAUCACCAAAGAAUAACGUAAAUAUGGAGCAUCAACAGGAUAAGCUAAUGUAAUGAUUGAAACUGGAGAUGUUGCAGCAGCCAUGGAAAUGCUAGCUUAAAAGAAUGAUUGGGGACAAUGCUUACAAUUAGCAGAUAAACAUGGAGUUGAAUACUUAAACAAAUAUCUGAUGAGAUAUGUUAAAAUCACUAUGUAAUAAGGAAGAUUCAGUGAAACUAUCCAAUCAUUGGCUACUUAUGGUAUGCCAAUAAUUUAAUAAAAUUAUCCAAUCUAUGAGAAUUUAGCAAUUGAAAUCUUUGUUGAAUGUGAUCCUAAAGAGUUGAAGUUACUUAGAUAAGCUUUGUAUGGAUUUAUCUAAGGAUUGGAAGCUGCUCAUGAAAUUAAAAGUGAAACUGGUAAGAAAUUUUUAAAAUUUGGCAUUGUUGCUCAUUUACUCAAUCUGAGAAAUUAAUAUGCUCAGGAUGGAAUUGUCAAAUUGCAUGCUCAAACUUGCAUUUCAUUGUUGAGAUACUGUGACUUAGUUAGAAUCGAUUAAUUGUAUUUGGAUGCUGGAAGAGUUGCGAAGAAGAUCAAUUAGUUAGGAUUAGCAUUUGUUCUAUUGAAUAGAUAUUUGGAUAUAUAUGAAGUUAUUGAAGAUCCUGAUAACAAUAAUGGAUUAGGAGAUGGAGCUGAAUUCUAAAAUAGUGAUUUACCCUCACCUUAUGAUGUACCAAUGCCAGAAAAGAACUUGAUAAAUGACAAAGAGAAAGAAGAAAUAAGGGACUGGUUACUCUAGUUAUCUGUAAAUUAAAAUUAAGAACCAGUAUUACCAACAAGAUAAUGUGAUUGUGGAUAUUAAAUCUAUGAUGCUUCAUUACGAUGCUUCAAAUGCAAGUAAACAUGGGAGCCCUGCAUUAUUACCGGUAUGCCUCUUCUUAAGAAUUAAACAGUCAAUUGUUAAUCUUGUGGAAAAGGAGCACUUAAAGAUGCAUGGAAUACAUAUUUACAAGCAUAUCCCACCUGUCCAUGGUGUAAUAAACAUGCAAAAUGA